AACAUCUCUUAAACCCCAACAAACAAAAAGACCAAAAACUCCUUCCUCUUUCUUUCUCUCCAAACUUUCUAACAAUAUAAACCUCCAAGAAAACAAAACUUCCCUUUUUGUUACAUUCUUGAUCUUUCAUUUUGAACUAGAUCUUGACCAUCAAGAUGUUGAUGGCAAGUCGCGAGGGAGCCUCCAAGUUGGUGAGUUCCAUGAUGUUGGUUUCACGUUCUUUCUCAACAGCCACCGCCCGUGGGAUACUAGCCAAAGAGGCCGUCCCAGCUAAAGCGGUGGGGUUUAAUGGGGAUGUUGUGCGUAGGAAUAUUGGUGAGUUUUGGGUUCGGGGUUCGGUUUUUGGGUUGAGGCAUGGGAGUACUGCGAGUUAUAGCGGGAAAGAUCAACAACAGGAGGAGGUGAAGCAUAGCCAGCCGGUUGCGGAGGGUGGUGAUAAAGCAGAGGAGAAGAAUGCGAUUGUUAGUUACUGGGGUGUUCCUCCUAGUAGGGUAACUAAAGAAGACGGAACUGAGUGGAAGUGGAAUUGUUUUAGACCAUGGGAGACAUAUUCUGCUGAUUUAUCGAUUAAUCUGACGAAGCAUCAUGCCCCAGUCACUUUUUUGGACAAAAUGGCUUAUUGGACUGUCAAGUCUCUCAGAUGGCCCACUGAUUUGUUCUUUCAGAGAAGGUAUGGCUGCCGCGCAAUGAUGUUGGAGACUGUGGCAGCAGUGCCAGGAAUGGUAGGAGGCAUGCUGCUGCACUGCAAGUCCUUGAGGCGAUUUGAGCACAGUGGAGGAUGGAUCAAAGCGUUACUUGAAGAGGCUGAAAACGAGCGAAUGCAUCUCAUGACAUUCAUGGAGGUGGCAAAUCCCAAGUGGUAUGAACGUGCUCUGGUGAUUACUGUCCAAGGUGUUUUCUUCAAUGCCUACUUCCUUGGCUACCUCAUCUCCCCGAAAUUCGCUCAUCGCAUGGUGGGGUAUCUCGAGGAGGAAGCUAUUCAUUCUUACACCGAGUUCCUGAAGGAGUUGGACAAAGGCAACAUUAAGAAUGUUCCAGCUCCCGCCAUCGCUAUUGAUUAUUGGCGCUUGCCUCCUAACUCCACCCUCCGCGAUGUUGUUGAGGUUGUUAGAGCCGAUGAAGCUCAUCACCGUGAUGUGAAUCACUUUGCAUCGGACAUACACUAUCAAGGACGCGAACUGAAGGAAGCUCCUGCUCCUAUCGGUUACCACUAAAAUGCUUGCUUGCUGCCACUACCAGGAGACAGGCGGAAACUUUUAACUAUAAAACUGUGUACAGAAAAGUGAAGUUUUUUUAUUAAAUUAAUAAAAGUUGAGAGUGGUAUGGUUACGGACUAUUGCUGUCCUGUUCUAUUCUGCUGUGAAA